CAAAAAUUAGAAAUAUCUUUAUUGUACAGCACUGUAACUAAAAAAUACUUAUUCUUCACUUGCGAUAGCUAUCGAUAAGAACGGUCCCCGUGCAAUUUGUUGUUUUCGCUAAUGUUUUGGGUUUGAGGCAAAAAAGCCAGACGCAGACACAUUAUUUUAAACAAAGGACCACAGGACAUUCAUCCCAGGGUCAACCGACAGCCAGGUCAAGUGAAAGUUCUCGUCUCGUGCAGUCGCAUUUUAAGAACAGUAGCGACCAGUCAUGAACAAGCGCAACAACAUACGGCUACCGCCUGAGGUAAAUCGUCUUUUAUAUGUGCGAAAUUUGCCAUAUAAAAUAACAUCAGAUGAAAUGUACGAUAUAUUUGGCAAAUUUGGAGCCAUACGGCAAAUCAGAGUUGGGAAUACGCCAGAGACUCGUGGCACUGCCUUUGUUGUCUACGAGGAUAUAUUUGAUGCCAAAAACGCUUGCGACCAUUUAUCCGGCUUUAACGUGUGCAAUCGCUAUCUGGUCGUCCUCUAUUAUCAAUCCAACAAAGCCUUCAAGCGCGUGGAUGUAGACAAAAAGCAAGAGGAGCUCAACAACAUCAAAUCCAAGUACAAUUUAAAGACGCCUGAAGCGCCCUAAAGUUCUAUGAUACUUUCCACAAAUUUCACAAAUUUUAAUUUCUCAAUACUUGUAGAAUUUUUAAAGUCAUUUUGUAUCAUCAUUUUAAGACUCACCCAAUCACUCAUCAUCAUGCAUCAACACAAAUCAAAUCAAACUAUUGCAAAUUUAAGCAAAUUUCAAUUAAAAUUGCAAUAGUUUAAACAUCAUUAAA